GGUUGGCUGAAAUGACGGGACGUCCCAUGAGAGUUGUGGGCUGGUAUCACUCUCAUCCUCAUAUUACUGUCUGGCCAUCACACGUCGAUGUCCGCACACAAGCUAUGUAUCAGAUGAUGGACCAAGGUUUUGUAGGGCUUAUCUUUUCCUGCUUCAUUGAGGACAAAAACACAAAGACAGGCAGGAUUCUCUACACCUGUUUCCAGUCCGUUCAGGCCCAGAAAAGCUCAGAAUAUGAAAGGAUCGAAAUUCCUAUUCAUGUCGUCCCCCAUGAAGCCAUUGGGAAAGUGUGCCUGGAAUCAGCUGUAGAGCUGCCCAAGAUCCUCUGCCAAGAAGAGCAAGAUGCCUACAGGAGAAUUCACAGCCUCACCCAUCUGGACUCCGUCACCAAGAUUCAUAACGGCUCCGUGUUCACAAAGAACCUCUGCAGCCAGAUGUCUGCCAUCAGCGGGCCGCUCCUUCAGUGGCUGGAGGACAGACUGGAGCAGAACAAACAGCGGGUGCAGGAGCUGCAGCAGGAGAAGGAGCAGCUCCUGGAGGAACUAGCAGCUUUAGAGUGAAGGAGGAAGUGCAGACCCUUCAGAAGAGACACGGGAAAAUAAAAACCCUGUACAAGACCUACUCCUGGCUGAAGGGCGGCCCUGCAUCGCCCUGCAGGGCAG